GAAAAUGUGUACACAUUAUUCAUUUAGUUCACAUUAUUGACUAAAAGAAAUUAUACCUUUCCUUCAUCCUCCUGCUUAGCUUCUCCCUCAGACAUGGUGGAUCCGGGCACGUUCAUUGUGGGCCUUUUAGGAGCAGCGAGUUCUACAGCAAGUAUUGGCAAAAUAAUUGCAGAAAUUAUAGAAAAGAAGGCACAGAACGGAAAUGCAGAAGCAGCCAAAGCACUUGCCAAAAUUAGUUCCAUGAUGGGUCCAGGAUCCUUUCCUGUGUUUGACGGGAGUGAGUAUCGAAGCUGGCGCAAUAUGAUGAGGGCUUUGCUUAUAUCCCAUGGUCUCUGGGACUUGGUGGAGAAUGGUUACAAAGCUAAGGUUUUUAGAAAAGAUGGGAAGAAGAAGGACGCCAUGGCUAUGAUGAUUAUCCUGCUGGGAGUUCACCAAUCAGUUCGUCGCUGUACUCAUAAUGCAAACAACUCAAAAGAAGCUUGGGAUGCAAUACAACUCAAAUAUCAAGGCAUAACAAAUGAUCAGAUAGCCCAUUUCAGGGCGGCCUUCGGCCUAUUGGACAAGGACGGCAAUGGUCGCAUCACUAGAAAAGAGCUUGUGGCUGUGAACAAGUCAGGGGGAAUGAAUUACACCGAAGCUGAGCUACAGGGUGUGAUAAAUUGUCUGGAUGCUGAUGGGAAUGGAACCAUUGAAUUCUCAGAGUUCCUAAAUUUCAUGACACGGAAGAAGUAGAAUUUGGA